UGAGCAUGCGCAGUGCAGGCGGUAGUUUGGAGGAAGUUUGGAUCUUCUACCUGCAGAUUCUCCGCUUUUAAUCAACCUUAGUUUCUUCUGUUCGCCUUCAGUUUGUUGGGACUUCAGCGCGACCUGCGAAGGAGUUGAUGGCUCUUUAAAGUCGAGCCAAAGCUUGUGUCCAUCCGCCUGAUGUCCGCCUUACUGGACCUGGAGCAGCUGGCGGAGAUAGAGCUGCAGAAGGAGGAAGAGGAGGAUGAGGAGCAGCAGAGGAGUGUUCCUGAUGCUCCAUCGGUUCCACUCAGCAGCACGUUCAGUCCUGAUCCGUCUCAUCCAUACUACGACGUGGCUCGACAUGGCAUCAUCCAGGUCUCAGGGGACGACAACUACGGCAGGAAGUUGAUCGUCUUCAGCAGCUGCUGUCUUCCUCCGUCACACCAGCUGAACCACCACCGCCUGCUGGAGUACCUGAAGUUCACAUUGGACCAGUAUGUGGAGAUGGACUACAUCCUGGUUUACUUCCACUACGGCCUGAGGAGCAGCAACAAGCCAUCACUGAAGUGGCUGCGAGAGGCAUACGGCGAGUUCGACAGGAAGUACAAGAAGAAUCUGAAGACUCUGUAUGUUGUUCAUCCCACCAACUUCAUCAGGGUUGUCUGGAACAUCUUCAAACCUGUGCUCAGCCACAAGUUCGGGAAGAAGCUGAUGUACAUGAACUACCUGGCGGAGCUACGAGAACACCUGAACUACGAGCAGCUCUUCAUCCCGGCCGAUGUCCUCAGACAUGAUGAGAAGCUGCGAGCGGCUCAGAAAGGCGGACCCCCUCCCUCAGUGAAAACGCCGCCGCCUCGCCCCCCCCUGCCCACACAGCAGUUCGGUGUCAGUCUGCAGUACAUCCGGGAGAAGAACAGAGGGGCCGUCAUCCCGCCAGUCAUGUCCCAGACCGUCACCUACCUGAAGCAGAAAGGUCUGAAAACCGAGGGCAUCUUCAGGCGUUCGGCUCAAGUUCAGGUCAUCAAAAACAUCCAGAAACUCUACGACCUGGGGAAGCUGGUGGACUUCGAGCAGUACCAGGACGUCCAUAUUCCUGCCGUGAUCCUGAAGACGUUUCUCAGAGACCUGCCUGAGCCACUGCUCACCUUCAGAGUCUACAACCAGGUCCAGGAGAUGCUGAGUGUGGAGAGCAGCCUGAGGGUGACCAGGUGCAAACAGAUUGUUGAAGGUCUCCCUGAACACAACUUCAUCGUGGUGAAGUACCUGAUGUGUUUCCUCCAUAUGGUGUCUCAGGAGAGCAUCAUCAACAGGAUGAGCUCGUCCAACCUGGCCUGUGUGUUCGGGGUAAACCUGGUUUGGCCUCGCCAUGGUUCCAUCUCUCUGACUGCUCUGACUCCAAUCAACAUCUUCACAGAGAUCCUCAUUGAACACUUCAUCACUGUGUUCAGCUCCCGUUGCCCACCUGCACAGGUAACCCCCUAACCACAGCAGAGCCGAGGCGAAGGCUGGUGGACUCUGACCUUCAAGUUUCUAAGAAAUGUGAAAACGUUUGGACAUCUGCUACAAACCAGUUGAAACUUUUCUAAUCAGCUUCUGCUUUAAGAUUCAAAACACCUUCAAAAAUGUUUCUGAAAACUCUUAAACACAUUUUCUGUCCAACUACAGAUUUUUUCUUCAAUAAAUUAUUUUUCUCACUAA